UUUACUAUACGGCGUAUUGUUGGACCACCUGAAUUUUACAAGACAGCAAAAUUUGAAAAAAAUGAAAUUGAUAAAUCAAAUUUUUAUUUUAAUAAUAUUAAACUGCAUCGGAACUGCAAUUUCUGAUGGUAGAACCUGUUAUAGUUGUCGGGGUAUUAAUUGUUUAAGAACAUCAAAAAAUGUUGCGGUUAAAUGUAAAGAUCCAAUUGAUGAUUGUAUAACAAUUUUUGAAGGAUUUGAAAUUGUUGCGAGGGGCUGCUAUUCAGAAAUUGAAUCAAACUUACGAAGAAAAUGCAAUGAUCCUGAUCACAUAGAAUGCGAUCAAUGUAAUAAAGAUUUAUGCAAUGUAUUGGGAAGACGUGAUUAUAAGUGUGUACAAUGUAAUUCUAAAGAUGAUGUAAAUUGUAAAAACAAUAUAUCAAAAUUAGAGCCACAAAGAUGUCCAAUUUCAUCUUCUUCCAAUUCAUAUUGUUAUUCUAAAGUUACUGAAAAUGAUGUUGUGAUUCGAGGAUGCAGUAGUAGUACAAAGUCACAGAAUGAAUGUUUAAAUGACAACAAUUGCGUAUUGUGUUUAUCUGGUGAUAUAGAUAAUUGUAAUGGUGGAAAAAUAUUAGAUGAUGGUAGUGGUACUGAGAAACCAACUGAAAAACCAACUGAAAAACCAACUGAAAAACCAACUGAAAAACCAACUGAUACACCAACAGAGAAACCAACAGAUAAACCAACUGAUAAACCAACUGAUAAACCAACUGAUAAACCAACUGAUAAACCAACUGAUAAACCAACUGAUAAACCAACUGAUAAGCCAACUGAGAAGCCAGGAGGUGGUGGCGCUUCAUCAAUUUCUAUAACAAUGGCGUUACUUAUUUUACCAUUUUUAAUUCAAGUUGCAUUGAUUCCGUGUUAUAAAAGUUAAUUCGCAUAAAUAAUAUAAAUAGAGCAAUGAUUAAAUAAAAUUAUAUUAAUCAAAUUUUAAAAACUA